AUGGCCAACCAUCACCCAUCGCCCACAAUGAUGCAGCUGCAGCAGCAACAGCAGCAGCACCAGGCCCCCGUGGCACCGCCUCAGAGCGUCCCCCCGGGUCACUUUGCGCCGUCGCAUCAGAUUGCUGCUAUGAACGAGGCUGUCUGGCUGCAAAUUGGAAGUUUCUCAGAGUUGCUGCGCGUUCCGGACGAGGCCAUGCAUGCCUACGAGCGAGCCCUGCAAGCCAACCCAAACUCAACGGCCGCCAUGAAUGCCAUCGGCAUGCUUCUCAAGGGUCGCGAGGCCUUUGACAAGGCUCUCGAGUUCUUCCGCGCCAUUGUGCAGCUGGAACAGAACAAUGGCGAAGCUUGGGGCAAUUUGGGCCACUGUUACCUUAUGACGGAAAACCUGCAAAAAGCCUAUGACGCCUAUCAGCAAGCCUUGGUCAAUCUUCGGGAUCCAAAGGACCCUAUGCUUUGGUACGGUAUCGGUAUCCUCUAUGACCGCUACGGCAGCUUUGAAUACGCCGAAGAGGCCUUUUCCCAGGUUAUGCAGAUCCAGCCCGAUUUUGAAAAGGCCAAUGAGAUUUACUUUCGCCUUGGUAUCAUAUACAAGCAGCAGUCAAAAUUCAACCAGAGUCUGGAGUGCUUCAAGUACAUUGUCAAUUCGCCUCCCGGUCCUUUGACUCAGGAAGACAUCUGGUUCCAGAUUGGCCAUGUCCAUGAGCAACAGAAAGACUUUGAAAACGCCAAGGCGGCAUAUCUGCGCGUCCUCGAACACUCUCCCAAUCAUGCCAAGGUCCUCCAGCAACUUGGAUGGCUUCACCACCAGCACAGCAGCGCCUAUGAAACCCAAGACCGGGCUAUCCAGUACCUGGAGAAGUCGGUUUCAGCUGAUAAUCAGGAUGCUCAAAGCUGGUACCUCUUGGGUCGUUGCUACAUGGCCCAGCAAAAGUACCCCAAGGCCUACGAGGCUUACCAGCAGGCCGUGUAUCGUGAUGGAAAGAAUCCGACUUUUUGGUGCUCCAUUGGUGUGCUGUAUUACCAGAUCAAUCAGUACCGCGACGCGCUCGACGCGUACUCUCGUGCCAUUCGCCUCAACCCUUAUAUUUCUGAAGUGUGGUAUGAUCUUGGCACUCUGUACGAAUCUUGCAACAACCAAAUCGCCGACGCUCUGGAUGCCUAUCAAAGAGCCGCGGAGCUCGACCCUGGCAAUCCACACAUCAAAGCCCGCUUACAGCUCCUUCGUUCCGGCGGCAGCAACGGCAGCGGGCAGGCUCCCGCACCACAACCGGCCGACGUGCACCCUCAGGCGUACCAAGCCGCCGGUCCGUCUGGCCCAGUAGGGCCGCAAUGGGGUGGUUCGGCACAACAGCCUCCUGCCGGCGGCCCUCCCCCAGCUCCGGCAGGUGCUGGUGAUAACUGGGCUGGCAGACUCUCCAACGUCAACCCACCACCGCAGCCCCCAAAUCCAUACGACAACCGAGGAGAGCCUUUCAGAGGGCCUCCUCCACCGCCUCAGCGCCAGCCCAGUCCCCAGCAGGAACAGCAGAUGCGACAAGCAGGAUACUCUGAGCCUCGAGGUGCUCCUCCUCCCGGUCCAUCUCGUCGCGGGCCCUCGCCCGCACCUGCUGGCCAUCAGUACGGACAGCCUCCUCCACCUCCACCUCCAUCUCAGGGCCCAAACCCGUCAGAUCGACGAGUCACCAAUCCUAACUGGGGAGGCCCUCCCCCGUCAUCGGCGGGUCCUCCAUCAAACAGUGCCAAUGGAGGGAAUGGACCCUCCAACGGUGCCGCUUCUUUCAGGCCGACCAGCAGUCCCCGAGGUGACGUUAGGCCUCAUGACAAUCGAAUGCCAUCUCCCAAGUCGGCUUACCCCCAGCACCCUGCGGCUUCAAGCUAUCCUCAUCAUCCCGAAGGGCCCCCUCCAAGUGCUUCUGAAAAUGGCCCUCCUCCCGGCGCUGGCCCUGAUACUGCUGUCCAGCGUCCUGACGACCGUCCUCCAUCCGUCGGACCCAAGCGCAUGCGUGAGUGGGAAGAAGAGUCUGUUGCCAAGAAACAGGCCAACGAGGAGAAUCGCGCUCGUCUGGAUGACAUGAGACACCGGCGACCCUCAACCCCUCCUCGCGACGCCUACAGACGCAAUUCCAACGAGGCCCGCCGCUCGGACGAACAGCGCCGCCCAGAUGAGCCUAAGAAGGAGGAGUCUCGCUCUCAGAGUGAAAGCUAUCACCCUUCUGAAGCUGCUCACCAUCCCCAGAACCACUCCAUUAGUUCAAACCAGCUACCACCUAUGCAAUCAGGCAACAUGCCUCCCAGCGGUCCUCAAGAUAAGACACAGUCUGGGCCAACUUCCAAGGAGGAACGACCAGCUCCAGAACAAGCUCCGCCCGCUGUUGCCUCCAUCUCUGCGGAAUCAGAGCGAGCCGCGAGAAAGAUGGAUGUCGAUGAAGACUACGACGACAACCCUGAAGAGGACAAGAAGACGGGCAUCCUCUCUAACGGAUCUGGUCCUACGUCAGGAUCUGGCGAUGCCAAGACAACGUCCCCCGCGCGUGCAGGCUUCAUCAACUUCUUUACUGACCCAAACCACACCCAGCCCGCCAAGAUGAGUCACCGCAAGUUCGAGGCUCCACGACACGGCUCUCUGGCUUUCUUGCCCAGGAAGCGUGCUGCCCGUCACCGGGGCAAGGUCAAGUCCUUCCCCAAGGAUGAUCCCAAGAAGCCAGUGCACUUGACGGCCGCCAUGGGCUACAAGGCCGGCAUGACGACAAUCGUCCGUGACCUCGACCGACCCGGCGCGAAAGCCAACAAGAAGGAGGUCGUGGAGGCCGUCACGGUCGUCGAUACACCACCAAUGAUUGUUGUUGGUCUCGUCGGUUACAUCGAAACGCCGCGCGGAUUGCGCUCCCUCACCACCGUGUGGGCUGAGCACCUGUCGGACGAGAUCAAGCGCCGCUUUUACAAGAACUGGUACAAGAGCAAGAAGAAGGCCUUCACCAAGUACGCCAAGAAGCACAGCGAGUCGAGCGGCGCCAGCAUCGCCCGCGAGCUCGAGCGCAUCAAGAAGUACUGCACCGUCGUGCGCGUCCUCGCCCACACCCAGAUCCGCAAGACGCCUCUCAAGCAAAAGAAGGCCCACCUCAUGGAGAUCCAGAUCAACGGCGGCAGCGUCGCCGACAAGGUCUCCUUUGGCCAGGACCUCUUCGAGAAGCCCGUCUCCAUCGACUCCAUCUUUGAGCAGGACGAGAUGAUCGACGUCAUCGCCGUCACCAAGGGCCACGGCUUCAACGGCGUCACCGCCCGCUGGGGCACCAAGAAGCUGCCCCGAAAGACGCACAAGGGUCUGCGUAAGGUCGCGUGUAUCGGCGCCUGGCAUCCCUCCCACGUCCAGUGGACCGUUGCUCGUGCCGGUCAGAUGGGCUACCACCACCGUACCUCUGUAAACCACAAGGUUUACCGCAUCGGCAAGGGCGACGCUGAUGACAGCGCCUCUACCGAGGUCGACGUCACCAAGAAGAAGAUCACUCCCCUCGGUGGUUUCGUCCGCUACGGUGAGGUCAACAAUGACUUUGUCAUGCUCAAGGGCUCCGUUCCCGGUGUCAAGAAGCGUGUCAUGACGCUGCGCAAGUCUAUGUUCACUCACACCUCCCGCCGUGCCCUCGAGAAGAUCAGCCUCAAAUGGAUCGAUACCUCGUCCGAGUUCGGCCACGGCGCAUUCCAGACGCCCGCAGAGAAGAAGCAGUAUCAGGGUACCCUCAAGAAGGAUCUGGCCACGGCAUAA